AAUGGUAACGGCAACACCAACGACGCCCCGGUAUGCCCUACCGGCCUCUAUAGCAACCCCCAAUGCUGCUCUACCCUCGUUCUUGGCAUCGUCGGGCUCGACUGCAGCACUCGUAAUAUAGCUACCUCUGUCCAUGAUCCCUCCGCUUUCAAAAAUGCCUGUGCUGCUAAAGGCGCGCAGGCAGUUUGCUGUGUUCUCCCCGUUGCUGGUCAAGACGUCCUUUGCCAGACGGCUAUUGGCGCCUAG